AUGCGUCUUCGUUCAUCAAAAGAGACUUUUCCUACAUCAGAAACAACUGUUUCCAACAUGUCGGACGCAUCGCCAGACCAGCCAUUUCGAUUCCUUGACCUUCCCAAAGAACUCCGGUUCAUGAUCUACGAGGAGCUCAUGGACAACAGGAAGAACAACAUUCAAUUCACACAGCCUAAAGGAUUCGAGGUCGAGGAUGUGUACCUCGACAACAUGUAUCACCCGAAUCUGCUCAAAGUCAACAAACAGAUCCGUGAGGAGUACUGGCCUCUAUGUCUCCGUAAAUCCGUCCUAUGGAUCAACUACGGUUGUGAAGAACGUUUCGGUGCGGAAGAGGAGGCAGAUGACAGCGAUGAAGAAGAGAAAGCGCUGCCCUUACUUUCUCAGUGGCUGCACCUGCCGAACACAGUUUUGGCUAAGAUGACCGACGUCGUCUACAAAUUCCAAACACAUUGGAGGCUUCCGGAUAUCAAUCCAUUCAAUGGUAUUGCCGACUCUAUCGCCGAAUUGCCAAACCUGAAGUUCAUCGGUAUAUGGUCUGAACUGGAGAUGUCUGUUAUCGAACAUGGUCGUGAUGAGGCAGAGGCAGAUGAAAGAUUCCAAGACUUUGUCGAGUUCCUCUUCCUCGAGGAAGCUGCUCUGAUUGAGCUUGAUGAUGACGAAGAUCGCAACCUCAACAUUCGCGUCGAUUGCAGCCUGUACACGCCACUGUUCGAGAUGAACAAGAACUACAUCUGGCCCCGUCGCAGACAUCUUGAGCAAGGUGUGGCGCCCGCGGCUGGUCUUCCAGAGUGGGGUUACUCAAUGUUCCGAGUGAUUGCUCCUUGGGAACGCCCGCGUAACGACUCAUUCACGUACCACGGCGAAGAGCUGAUCUUCAUGCGCCUCGAGUACGAACUGCCUGUGCUUCCUAGGUCCGAGACGGAAUGCGACAGUCCCAGCGAGUGGGAUUACGAGUAUGGCGAGUCCGGAUUUGCUACAGGAAACAUGCCAGACUGGAGCUCGGGUGCAAGACCAUACUGGAUGGAUUUCGAAUGA